GUAAAGGUUGGAUGGAGUCGACGAUGAUUAUGUUGUGGGGGGUGGCGUUUGUGUCUCUAGUUUAUUUGGUGAUGAUGAAGAAGGGGAUUGGGAAGAGAAGGCUCCCACCGGGGCCGUUAGGACUUCCGAUAGUCGGGCAAAGCCUGGAGCUUCUGAAGGCGAUGCGAGAUGAUAAAGCUGAGGUGUGGCUGCAAGAAAGGGCCCGAAAAUACGGCCCGAUUUCGAAGAUGAACAUAUUCGGAAGAAAGACGGUGUUUCUAACAGGCCAAGCUUACAACAAAUUCAUGUUCAGCUGCGACGAGGAGACGAUCUCCAACAAGCAGCCCAAGUCGAUGCGACAAGUGUUUGGGCCGACGAAUUUGUUCGAGAUGUCCGGGGAAGAUCACCGGCGGUUGAGAAGAGCAUACCUUUCCUUCUUGAAGCCAGAAGCCCUGAAACAGUAUGUGGGGACGAUGGACCAUGAGAUCAGACUGCAUCUCACACAGCAUUGGCAUGACGACCAAGUUAUCUCGGUGGAACCGCUGAUGAAGACCCUCACAUUCAAUAUGAUUUGCACGCUUCUGUUUGGAAUAGAGAGAGGGGAGAGAAGGGAAAAAUUUGUGCAUCUGUUCGAACAAGUGAUGGAAGGACUGUUGCUGGUGCCGAUCAAUAUCCCCUUCACCCGCUACAACAGAAGCAUACGCGCCAGGAAGGAAUCUGGAACCUUGAUAAGGACACUGAUGCGCGAGAAGAGGGAGAAACUCGCCAGAGGAGAACCUGCGCACGAUCUCAUCUCCAGCUUGCUCUCCAUGUGCGAUGAAGACGGCUCACCUCUCUUGACCGACCAGGAAAUCGAGGACAACAGCGCUGUGGCGUUGAUCGCCGGCUACGACACCACCUCCACGCUUCUCACAUACAUAGUCAAACUCAUAGCUCAACACCCCAAUGUUCAUCAACUUCUCCUCAAAGAGAACCAAGAGAUUAUGCGAGGAAAGAAGAACGCGAGUGAUCCUCUGACAUGGGAUGAUCUUGGUAAGAUGAAGUACACAUGGAGAUUUGCGACAGAGGUGUUGAGGUUGUAUCCACCAGGAUUGUUCGGGUUCAGGCAUGUCCUUCGAGAUUUUGAGAUUGAUGGAUACGUUAUUCCUAAAGGAUGGCAGUUGCUAUGGGCAGCAUGCACCACGCAUUUGGAUGGGUCCAUAUUCCCGGAUCCGCUCAACUUCAACCCCUCGCGUUACGAAGAUCAAGCAGCCAUGCCACCGAAUACCUUUGUAGCGUUUGGAGGAGGUGCCAGGAAGUGUCCUGGCUACGAAUUUGCAAGAAUGGAGACGUUAGCGAUGAUUCAUUAUUUGGUCACUCGCUUCACUUGGAAGCUUCAUUUGGAAGAUAAUACAGUAAGCAGAGAUCCCAUGCCGGUUUUCAAACACGGCUUGCCCAUACACAUUCACAUCAACAACCCCUCAGAAAAAUUGUUGUAAUUAUAAUCUAAUUUCCACUUGUUUGGACACGUCCACGCACACUUUCUCGUUACAAGCUGAAAUAAUAAAUAUUAACGAGGGUCAAAUAAUGUAUAAUACUUGUACGUCAUAUCUGUAAUACAAUACCAUAUAUGCAUGCUUCUCAAACUCAA